ACUAUAACUACGCCCUUUUCAGGGAAUUCCCCAUCAGAAGAGUCAGAGGAGCGUGACAAGGAGCCCCGGACCCUGACCUACCCAGCGUACAUCGCCAGCUUGCUUGACUCUGGUGCCAAGCGCAUGGCAGUGGGGGUGCGCAUGGACUGCAGCAGCCAGGGUCAGUGCCCGUACUCCUGCCACCUCUGCCACAUGAGCCCUGGGCCUGGGCGUACAGCCGAGCCUGUCCUGCUCCAGAUCACUAAGGCUGCCCCGCUCUAUGAGCUGGUCUCCAACAACCACACCUACCAGGUACAGAAAGCUUGCACUAAAAACCUUGGUUUAACCCCAUUUUUGCAGUCCCAGACACAUUUUCAGGAGUGGAUUCCUAAAAGCAUAAAUAAGCUAAAGUGAUACUGGCAAGAGCAGUGUGCAAAUUAUUUGCAUGCACCUGCAACAAGCAACCUCAGAUGUGCUUUUCCGAUUUUGAAUUCAGAGCAUAAAAGAACAUUCACCACCAAUAAUUGGAUGUCAAUUUAUACAUUCAAUCAUGCAGCGAGAGAAGCCCUUGUUUUGGGUACCACAGCGAAACACAUAUGCAAGAUGUUUGACAAUAGCGGUCGCAAAAUGUGAGAGGCUGUUCUCCGACAUAAAUAUGUUGUAAAAUUGUGUAGUGUAUGCCAGACAUAAGCCUACAUCAAUAUGUCAGACUGGCAAACGAUAAGCUAGAGGAUGAUUGCAUGACCCCCUAGAGGGCCAGAUGAUAUUGAUGCCUAGGCUCAGGCUGUGUGUUAUUGACAGUGUUUGCUCCAUCCUCCUGUCUCUUUGCAGGCACUGCAGGAGGCCAUGAUGAGCAUGCUGUGGUGUUCUGGGAAAGGUGACGUCAUUGAUGACUGGUGCCGUUGUGACUCAAAUGCGUUUGGGACGGACGGACUGCCAACAUGUGCCCCUCUCCCUCAGCCUAGGUUAGUCACUCAAAACAUUCUGUCUACGCGACUUGACAAACAAUAAGAUUGUAUGUAUUGAUAUCUAAAGAUGAGCUUGUCUUGUCAUGAUUUGUUGAGUUAGUUAGGUGUAACUCUCUUUAUUGUCUCCCAGGCUCAGGUUGUCCCACUCCUAUGAGCCCAGCAGUUCAUUGGUCAUCAUGGAAUGGAAUCACACUGAGCCACCAAUUGGGGUGCGGAUCGUGGAUUACCUCAUCAGCCAGGAGAAAGUGACAGAGAGGACAGACCACUCCAAAAUGGAAACAGGUACAUUCCUUCUCUGUUUCAGUUUUGAGGAAUGACUGUAUUUACGUUAAUUUCAUACAGUAUGUCCAUGUAUAAAUACAAAAACAGCCGUGCAUGGUUGCUAAAUGUUGAGGCAAGGCAAGGAAACCUCAAACUAUAUGUUACCACAGCAAAAUUCCAGAUUCUUAUAUUAAUGAUUUACAUUUGUUACUAUUGUAGUUUUGCAUAUAACCACAAGAUGGUGGUCAAUGCUAACAAUAGUGUGGUCUGCAUUUUAGAUUUCUAG